AUGGCAGGGUACGGCAACCGCAACGCCCCCGACCUCACCACCGAGGAGUCGGACCACCUCGGCCCCCAACACAGCGAAACCCGCUUCGGCCGCGACGACUCGCACGCCUACUCCAACCCACACGAGAAAUACGGCUCCGCCGCCACAGCCGGCGCGGGCUUCGGCAACAAGAGCGCGCCCGACAAUACUGAGAACUACGAUAACAGCGACCUCCGCUUUGGGAGCCAUCAGGACACCGCGCCGUAUAGCGGGAGUACUCAGCAUGGGAGCGGUACUGUGGGUGGCGCGGGGUAUGGGAAUAAGACGGGCGGGUUUGCGGAGAGCAAGGAUUCGACGCUGGGGAAACUUAUGGAGAAGGCGGGGCAUGUGAUGCAUAAUGAGGGGUUGGCGGAGAAGGGGAGAACGAAGAGGGAGGCGCAGGGGUUUGGGCAGGGUGAGUCAUAA